GCCUUACGUCACUUCCGUACACAGAAGAUGGCGGCCCCCUUGCUCACGGUGUGCAGGAGAAGCGGCGUCAGAUUUGGCCCCGUGACUUUCUGCCAGCGACGUUUCCUAAACACCAGUCGUGGCUUCCUGAUCCGCCCCCGGCCCCUCCCUGUCCUGGUGGCCACAGGCGGCGGUUACCUCGGUUACCAGCAUUACAAGAGGAAAAACCAGGAGGAUGGCGCUCUGGCCACUCCCACAGAGGUGGCGCUCUACCGCUCCUUCCCCACCCGUCUCUUGUCUCGGGCGUGGGGUCGAGUGAAUGGGGUGGAGCUUCCAACGUGGCUGCGCAAACCCGUCUACUCGCUGUACAUCUGGACGUUUGGGGUGAACAUGCAGGAGGCAGCGGUAGAGGACUUGCAUCAGUACAGGAAUCUGGGAGAGUUUUUCCGACGACGCCUCAAACCCACCGUGCGCCCGCUCUGCUCCUCGUCGUGUUUGGUGUCUCCGGCCGACGGCAGGAUCCUACAUUUGGGUCGCGUCAACAACUCGGAGGUGGAGCAAGUCAAGGGCGUCACGUACAGUCUGGAAACCUUUCUGGGGCCGCAGGAGGGGCGGGGCAACGACGCCACGCCCUCCUCCUUCAGGGACCGCCUCCUGACCCGUGCGGACAGCGAGCUGUUCCACGUGGUGGUCUACCUGGCGCCGGGCGACUAUCACUGCUUCCACUCGCCCACGGACUGGAGGGUGGAGCUGCGGCGACACUUCCCAGGCUCGUUAAUGUCGGUCAACCCGGGCGUGGCUCGCCUGGUCAAAGAGCUCUUCUGCCUUAACGAGCGCGUGGCGCUGACGGGCCAAUGGCGACACGGCUUCUUCUCCUUGACGGCGGUGGGCGCCACCAACGUGGGCUCCAUCCGCGUCCACUUCGACCAGGAGCUGCAGACCAACGCCCCUCGCUACAGGAAAGGAUCUUUUCACGACCAGAGUUACGUCGCCGGGGGCAACCGAAUGUUAUCGAGGGAGGGGCUGCCCCUGCAGAGGGGGGAGCUGGUGGGCGAGUUCAACCUGGGCUCCACCAUCGUCCUCCUCUUCGAAGCGCCUAAAACCUUCGCCUUCAGCGUGCAGCCCGGGCAGAGGAUCAGGGUGGGGGAGGGGCUCGGUGCUCUCUGAUUGGCCGAGAGACUGUUGGACUCAUGAGGGGG